AUGUGGCAUCCAAGUAAAAGCAAACCUGAUCUGAGUAUUCUCGGAUUGGUAUUGUACGACCACUAUGGCCCACCUGAUAGUCUCAAUCUAGGGGACGGCGCUGAACCCGUCAAUGAUGAUAGUACUUUGGACGAGUAUAACAUUAAGGAAUUCGUGGACCGUUUUGUACAUGCCGCUGUAAAAUAUGCCGAGAGUAGCAUAACAACGAACGUACUGUUUCCUAUGGGCGAAGAUUUCUGUUACAGGAAUUCGGAACCAUACUAUAAAAAUAUGGACAAGAUAAUUCAUUAUAUGAAAAAGGACGGCCGAGUCAAUGCCUUUUACUCGAAUCCCGAGAUCUAUGUAGAUGCAGUCAAGAAGGAGACCAAAGCAAGCAAGCAUGAAUGGCUGCAAAACAACGACGAUUUCUUUCCCUACUCUCACAAUCCACACUCCUACUGGACGGGAUAUUUCACAUCUAGGCCAGCUGUCAAACGACUGGAAAGGCAAGCGAUGAAUGUGCUGAUGGCUUGUAGACAGGCGGAGAUAUUCACGUCUUCUAAGGAUGAAUUUAAGCAAUCAAAAUCUUCGUCAUCUCUCCGCCUCGCCCGCGCUAUGGCUAUUGUACAGCAUCACGACGGUGUUUCCGGGACCGAAAAACAGUUUGUAGCGGAAGAUUACACUAAGCGUCUAUCUCAGGGUGUCAAAAAGUGCGAAGAUGUUAUUUCUCGUGCGUAUUUCUGUUCUAACGACCAGUUUCCGGUUGAGACUGCGCGUAACAACGAGAUGGAGGGUCGUGAGUCUGAUCCUGCCUUACUGGAAACGUGUUUACAGGCUACCAAUACGAGUAUUUGUGCCGGCACAGAACGAGCAAUCGCUGGCGCUGAGAUAAGUGUGGUCGUGUAUAAUCCUCUAGGAUUCAUUCCUGGAGCAGCUGAAACUGCCGUGGAAAGAACUCAGAAAUUAUUUAAUCUUAAGGAUUCUCAGAAAUGUCGUACGCAGGAAGUCCGUUUACCAGUGAUAGCGAACUCACAAUUUGUACAUUCAAUCACUCAUUUUGCUACAGGUUCAGCUACCCAUGAGGUAGUCUUCGAUGCAUGUGUAAGGCCUCUUGCAUUCUCUCGAUACCUUAUAAAACUUCAAAAUAGCUCCGAACCAGGAGGGCAAAACGACGACGCCGCAAACUUGUGCAACACUCCUUUCAGAGUUAGCAAUGGCAUAGUUACGGUGGAAUUUGAAAAUAUGAAAAUCAAGAUGAGUUGCACACUGGGUGUAAUUACUCAUAUCGCAGGCGAAGAUGGUGAGGAUAUAAAGCUUCAACAAGAGUUCAUGUACUACGAAUCAAACAAUGGGUCAGCAGAAGUUAAUUCUCCAUCAGGUGCUUAUAUUUUCCGACCGGUAUCGCAGACUCCUGAACCAAUCGAACCCAGUAACGAAUUGAAGAUAGUUGAAGGAUCGCGCACGCGGAAUGGCCAUCUACUUGAGGUCCGCGUCCACAUCAACCCCUGGUUGAGUCAAAUUAUACGACCUGCCGCAAGUACGAACGAGAAAAUGCUCGAUGUGAGCGUUGUGGUUGGACCCAUACCUGUUGCGCCAAGUAUUACCGAAUCAUCAGCUUCAGCUACACAGGAAAUGUCACCUCAAGCUGCAUCCCCAUGGGUAGGUAAAGAGGUGAUAGUGCGAUACACAACAGACAUCAAAAGUAAGGGAGUGUUCUACACCGAUGCGAAUGGUAGGGAAAUGCAACGGCGCGUGCGCGACCACAGAGAAAAUUGGCCACUCAGAGACACCGAACCAGUCUCCCGCAAUUACUAUCCGAUAAAUACACGUUUGUCCAUCCGAGAUGAACAAAUGGAUUCGGCCUCGAAGUUGAUCAAAACUCUCAACUUGUACACGGAUAGGAGUGUCGGCGGGUCCAGUAUCAGCGAUGGACAAAUUGAGCUUAUGAUCCACCGCAGAUGCCUUCAUGACGAUUAUCUAGGAGUGGGCGACCCCCUGGAUGAGCCUGGUUACGUAUCUUAUCCUGGCUGGAAACAGACCUCGGACUGUAAGGCCGACGGUGUUCGGGAGCCAGAGAAUGAUAAAGACGUGACCAGCAUUCUCUCUAGCGACAUAUCAGGAUUCUGCGCUUGCGAUGAGACACAUAAGGUGAAGUUUGAUUGUGGCCAUGAAUCUACUAGCUGUGCAGAUGCAUGUCCAAGCUCUCCAAAGUGCCGCUUCCGACGCACUGGUGGAUGUGACCCGCAUGGUCCUAGAGAACCGGCUGGGGACACGGACUGUGACGCUACGAUCAUCCACGGAAUGUCAGGUUUCUGCGAAUGCGAUGGUGACUACACUGUGCCCUUUACUUGUGACCAUGGUCCGAUUAAAUGCAAAGAUGUGAGUAAUAAGGAGAAAGCCGAUGCAGCAAUUGAUUUAUAUCCUGUAGAAGCACACCAGUUGGGUUGA